CCGAGAACAUCGCAUUUUGAAUUCUCGCACUUGUUAUGAAAACUUACACAGACGCAAACAAACUUUCACAGAAAAUCUUAAAGCAUCAUGGAGAUGAAUUUACUGACCUGCUCUGUUGUUGUGGAAGACUUAACAAAAACAGGGGAUGUCAUCAAACGCACACCUUAUAAAAGUUUGUCAUUAUCAUUAGGCCGUAAUGAAUUCAAUGAUGUUACACUUAGAGUUGAUUACGGUAAAAAAGAUAUCAAAUAUGCUUUAAGAGAAAUCAAACUCUUCAAAAAGUUUGUUAAAGAUGGAAAGGCCACAGUAAGAAUACCAGAUCGGAAUAUCCAAUUUAUGUUGUCCAACUGUCCUCCCGAUAAACUAAUGAUGUUCUUAAGAACAAUGCAUACAAAGUUAGAGGUUGGUAAACAGAAAGGAUUCAUGUCUGAUAGAAAGAAAUUAUUAUCAGAGCGUCAGAGAACUUUUGAUGAAAUAAGUCCUCUGACUAUGAAGGAUGUUCACACUGUACAUGAAGCUAGAGCAAAAGAGCUGGAGAAGGACUUGUUCACACCUAAAGGAAAGAGGAAAAGGGUAGACGACAACAACAAGGAAAAUCAGCCUCCUAAAGGGCUUAAAAUGGCCAGAAAAUUAGUUUCUGUAGUACCAAGAUCAGUUAUACCAGUCAAACUUAGUAAAGAACAGUCCUCUGUGUUAGAGGCAGUGUCUAGAGGAAGAAGUGUAUUCUUUACAGGGAGUGCUGGUACUGGAAAGUCAUUUCUCAUGAAAAGAAUAAUAGGAACAUUGCCACCUCAGCAUACAUUUGCCACAGCUAGUACUGGUGUUGCUGCCUGCCAUAUAGGGGGAACAACUCUGCAUGCAUUUGCAGGUAUUGGAUCAGGAAGGGGUACAUUAGAACAUUGUGUACAAUUAGCAUCUCGGGCACAGGUAGCUCAACAAUGGAGAAAGUGUAAACAUUUAGUUAUAGAUGAAAUAUCCAUGGUGGAUGGGGAAUUCUUUGAAAAAUUAGAAGCUGUUGCUAGAGUGAUAAGAAGGAAUGAUCAACCUUUUGGUGGAAUACAGCUGAUAAUGUGUGGAGAUUUCCUUCAGUUACCUCCUGUUACUAAAGGCAAAGAAAAAGUCAAUUUCUGUUUUCAGACUAAGGCUUGGAAGAAAUGUAUUCAGAUGAAUAUAGAAUUAACAGAAGUUAGAAGACAGUCAGAUAAAUCAUUUAUAGAUAUUCUACAACAGAUAAGACUAGGGAGGUGUCCUGACUAUGUCUACACAACUCUGAGAGCGACAGCCAAACAAAGUAUACAGAGAGAUGGUAUCCUAGCAACCAGACUGUGUACACACAAAGAGGAUGUCAACCAGAUAAAUGAGCACCACCUACAGAAAUUAAAUGGAGAAUCUAAGUUGUUUACAUCUACAGAUAGUGAUUCUGUGAAUACACAGCAGAUCAAUGGGAUGUGUCCAGUUCCAGACAAACUAAAUCUCAAGAUUGGAGCACAGGUUAUGCUAACAAAGAAUUUAGAUGUGCAGAAAGGACUUGUAAAUGGAGCCAGAGGAAUUGUUAUUGGAUAUCAGAAAGAUAAUGAUGGUUAUCCUAUUGUGAAGUUUAGAUGUGGCAUGGAAGAAGAAAUAAAACCUAUCAGAUGGUCAUUUAAGUUCAGUGGAGGAAAUAUAUCUACAAGAAAACAGAUUCCAUUAAAAUUAGCAUGGGCUAUCUCCAUUCAUAAAAGUCAAGGUAUGACAUUAGAUUGUGUAGAAAUAUCUCUGUCCCGUGUGUUUGAAUGUGGACAAUCCUACGUAGCACUGUCUCGAGCCAAGUGUCUGGAAGGUUUACGAGUAUUGGACUUUGAAAAGAGUUGUGUGAAAGCUAAUUCAGAAGUUCUCAGAUUUUAUCAUAAACUUGAUCUACACAAAAGAAUGAUGCAGACAAGUAUAGGAGAUUAUUAAUGCUAAUUUAAUUAAGGGUUGAUAUUUUAAUAUUGCAUGAUGUACAUGUGCUGUGAGAGGUUACUUCAAGGGUUGAUUGUUUAAUUUGUUAGAAAUGAUAUGGUAUAAAUGUGAAAUUAGAUGUUACUUCUAUUCAUGGAAAUGAUGUAACCAUGUGCAGUUAGAAGUCAAUAUAAGAGUUGAUUCUAAAAUAUAAUGUUGUAUACUUGUUAAGUAAAGGUCACAUUGAUUGUUUGAUACAUGUACAUGUAACCAGAUCAAUAAGGAGUGAUGUGGUAUACUUGUCUGUGAGCUACAGUUUUAAGGUUUGACUUUUAGAAAUUAUGUAAUGUGUAAGUUGUGAGAGAAAGUUGUUGACAAUACGUGAUUUUUAAACAUUUAUUUUUAGUACAUAUAUAUAUUCAUUUAAUGGCAGCUAUGUAAAAUUGUCCUGUAAUGUUAUUUGGGAUAUUGGAUGAUUUUAUAUAUAUGAUAACCUCUUAAUAGAUGUUUUGUGUUUUUGGGUUACUGUCUCAUUGACAAUAUUAUCUUUUUACCUCAUAAUUUAAAGGAAAAGUCAAUGUAAUUCAUUCAAGUUAUAAUACUCAAGUUUUUAGCUCACCUGGCCCAAAGGGCCAAGUGAGCUUUUCUCAUCACUUGGCGUCCGUCGUCCUGCGUCCGUCGUCCGUCAUCCGUAAACUUUUACAAAAAUCUUCUCCUCUGAAACUUCUGGGCCAAAUUUAACCAAACUUGGCCAAUAUCAUCAUUAGGGUAUCUAGUUUAAAAAAUGUGUCCGGUGACCCGGCCAACUAACCAAGAUGGCCGCCAUGGCUAAAAAUAGAACAUAGGGAUAAAAUGUAGAUUUUGGCUUAUAUCUCUGAAACCAAAGCAUUGAGAGCAAAUCUGACAGGGUAAAAAUGUUUAUUAGCUCAAGAUCUAUCUGCCCUGAAAUUUUUAGAUGAAUCGGACAACCCGUUGUUAGGUUGCUGCCCCUGAAUUAGUAAUUUUAAGGAAAUUUUGCCUUAUUUGGUUAUCUUGAAUAUUAUUAUAGAUAGAGAUAAACUGUAAACAGCAAUAAUGUUCAGCAAAGUAAGUUCUACAAAUAAGUCAACAUGACCAAAAUGGUCAGUUGACCCCUUAAGGAGUUAUUGCUCUUUUAUAGUCAAUUUUUAACAAUUUUUCGUAAAUUUUUGUUAUCUUUUACAAAAAUCUUCUCCUCUGAAACUACUAAGAUGAAUUAAACUAAAGUUGUAAACAAUCAUCAUUAGGGUAUGUAGUUUAAAAAUUGUGUUUGAUGACCCCGCCCUCAAACCAAGAUGGCCGACAUGGCUAAUAAUAGUACAUAGGGUAAAAUGCAGUUUUUGGCUCAUAUAUCUAAACCCAAAGCAUUUCUAGCAAAUCUUUCAAAAACAAAAUUGUUCAUUAGGUCAAGAUCUAUCUGCCCUUAAAUUUUCAGACCAUUCAGGCAACCUGUUGUUGGGUUGCUGCCCCUGAAUUGGUAAUUUUUAGAAAUUUUUUCAGCUUUUGGUUAUUAUCUUGAAUAUUAUUAUAGAUAGAGGUAAACUGUAAAGAGCAAUAAUGUACAGCAAAGUAAGACCUACAAAUAAGUCAACAUGACCAAAAUGGUCAAUUGACCCCUUAAGGAGUUAUUGCCUUUUAUAAUAAAUUUUUAACAAUUUUCAUAAAUUUUGUAAAUUUUUACAAAAUAAUUUCCACUGAAACUACAGGGCCAAGUUCAUUAUAGAUAGAGAUGAUUGUAAGCAUCAAGAAUGUUCAGUAAAGUAAGAUCUACAAACACAUCACCAUCACCAAAACACAAUUUUGUCAUGAAUCCACCUGUGUCCUUUGUUUAAUAUGCACAUAGACCAAGGUGAGCGACACAGGCUCUUUAGAGCCUCUAGUUUAUGCAUAUUUAUAAUGAAUUUUGAUAUCAUCCAUAUUUCCAUUUGAUGUUGAGUUGGAUUAUCCCAUUUCAAUCUAACAAAGAAAUAUAAGUAAAUCUAUAUAGUAUUGUUUGUACAAAGGCAUAUCUGUUUUUUACAUAUUGGGUGCUAGAAUGUGUGUGUAACUGUGUGUUUGGAUGUAUUAAUUAAACUAGUAUUUCUUGUUGUUCUUGUUUUAAAAUUCAUUUUUUUUUUCAUUAUUGGUUUUAUACACUGAAUUGUCUUGUCAGAAUUUUAUUUAUUUUUGUAAAUUAUGAAAUAUGACUUUUAUGAAUUUUGAUUGUGUCUAGUGAUCAGGAUUUAGUUUUAUUUUCAAUGUGAAAUGGUUCAAUUACUGUUUUUCAACACAUUCUUCCUAAUUAAUCCAAAAUUAUACUUGCUCCUUUGAUUAAUGGUAAAUAACCAUCGCCUGUGUUAGAAUUAUCAGCAGAUAACUGUCAAACUAAGAGGUAGUAUAUUAUAGGGAAGCUGAUUUAUCUUUUAGGUUUUAAAUAUUGCAUUAUCAAAGUUCCAAAUUUUAUAUUGAAUUAUGUGUUAUAUAUAUAGAUAAUGACAACAAUUUACAAAAAAUACAAAAUUAUUUUAACUUUCAUCUUUUAAGAAUGUCAGGGGCAAUGUAUUUAGUAGAUUUUGAAAAAAUUAGCAGCUUAGAAAACUUCAACGACUAAAAAGGUUAAAAUUGAUUAUUUAUGUAGUAAUGUAGAAAGUUUUUGUUAGUUGCCAACCCCCACUCUCUUAAUGAGAUGUUUUAAUAUGAAUUACACACUGUUGAACAAUCUAAACUGAAACUGUUUUGUACACAAAUUGAAAUUCAAGGACAGUAAAAAAUGUACUCUCAAGAUAUAUUUUUUGAUAUUUUUAAGUUGAAAUAUUGAAAUAAAAUUAUUUUACAAUAA